CAUACCGCCAUCUACCUGGCUAACCUAUCGUUGCAUCAUGUCGGGCGAAGCCACCACUACCCUGGCCUCUCUUCAGAAAUUAACUGUCCCUCAACUUAAAACUUUAUGCAAGGAACGAAAGAUAACCGGGUACUCCAAGCUCGGCAAAGCUGCUCUCAUCGAAAAGUUAUCUGGAUCCAAGACUGGCACCCUCAACGAAGUUGCCAAACGCUUAGAUAGAUCCAAAAUAUUGGACGUCCAGAUAGGCUCUGAGCUUAGCUAUGUUGCUCAGGAAUCCUCGACGCCGUCAAAUCCAACUCUGGUUAUGAAUGACGUUACCCAUGCGCAUACAACCCAGGUUCAUGCCUGUGGCAAUCGCGCCGAGCCCUCAAGAGAAGCUACCGACGCCGGCGCUGCGAUCGUUCAUACGCUCGUGCCUUCAAGUGCUCAUGCCAACCAACACAACAGUACUAUGUCUACACAGCUUCCUGGCAACGCCGGAGAGGCUUUUUCCCAGCCUGCUGGACCCGCAUCUCGGCAAAGCGCAGAUUUUAUUGGCUCCCGCAAGGACAAGACUGCUGUCCCAAGGGCCAAGAAACGGCCGACACCCUCCUCUGUCGUCGGUGUCCCAAAGAAGCGCAAGGUACAGAAGAAAGGGUUGGAACAAGAGCAGACCAUUCCUACAUCACAAGCGUCGAAGGCACCCGUAACACAAUCAUCGCCGAGAUCUGCUUUGCAUUCUCUGUCUAAGUCUCCUGCUUCUGAUCUGGGCGUUCCGCUCGUGUCUGUAUCAAAUCCGUCCAGUAUAUCCAGUGCUAAACCGCCGUUGUCUCGUCUCAAUCCUGCCUUUUUUCUCGCUUCUACCCAUGCUGAGGCACCGGACGCCAUGGCUGGCAAGGAUCCUGCGAUGUCUUCUUCAUCUCAACGAGUGCCCAAACAAGGAUCAACCACGCUGAAGAGUCUACCUCCGUCACUACCUAGGCCGGUUGGCAAACGGUUCCAGGCGCUGGUAGUGACCAAACGCCCAGAAGCCUUACCCACUGCAGGAACACGUACCCAUAGUGAUCAAGAGGUCGAUGCACCACGGGAAAGCACAGAACUUCCCUCUCUGUAUCAUCUAGACUUCCCAAAGCGGGCACCUGCCCCGCCGCUUUCGCCAAUCACUCUCCCGCCGUCGCUCGUGCAGCGCAAACGCGUGCAGCAAUGGGCCAUUAUCCUGAGCGGACUGUCGGACGCCGAACGCAGACAGUGCGUUGUGGUCUCGCGUAUGUUUCGCUAUGCUGUGUACCUGUCCGCCUUCCAUGUUCUCAAGCGUCAACAUGACGGUCGCAGAUUCUCCCAAGACGUCUCGCAGUACUCGCAAGCCAUGACGAACAUGUGGCCGUACCUUCGCCUCCGCGUGAUAGAAGCCUUGCAACGACGGCGUAUAUACGAAGCGACGUUCCUUGCGAAGUUCAUCUACUCUCGAGGAUUGCCCAAUCCGAUCGCUGAUCGCCUAUGGUCCAGUCCGGACGACCAUAAGCAGAUUGGUAUCGCCCUGAAGUUUGUUCUGUCUAGGCUCUGGUUUGCUCUGUCUAUCGGGUCCGGAAACAACGACUCGAUAUCGAUCGCCUGGUUGCAAGCUGUGGUGGUUGACGUGCAGCCCAUCAUUUCUGGAGAAAUCUGGGGCGUCACUGUGGAACAUGACCUUGGUUCUAGUCGAAUCAGGGAAACCUUUUACGUUCUGGAGGCAACCUGCGAACCUGUCGGUUGUCCGGGACCGGCAAAUUCGCCGGAACAAGAGCAGAACGGCCAUCUCGACGUUGUGCCCGUACGCGCAGACUGGUCGGACUACAUCAAUCGACUCCGCUCCAGCAAUGGACCCGCCCAUAUCAAGCUGCUGGACCAACUGAAGUGGGCAGGUCAUGAAGAGUACGAGCGCGGUAUCAGCCACGUCUGGCUGAAGAGAUCCCAACGGGAAGGGGAGCUAGGCCAAGCUAAGCGGAUCGUAGCAGAACGAUACGUCCUUGCAUGUGUCAUUGCGAACAGUGUCAGUGGGCACUGGAUGUCCGCGUCGGAGAUGGCGCAGGAUUUUGCAGGGCUCUCUUCGCGCAGCCACGUUUCUAGUGUCCGGCCCAAGGCCACGCAGGUCAACCUUUAUCUGCCAGAACAUCAUCACGUCGAAAGCGUCCACUUUACUUCGUCUCGCGGCAAGGGAUUGCACUCCGCUCUCGCGAUUGUGCAGACACCUCAUCGGGCGUACUACAUUCUACGAGACAACGGCAUGCAAGUGGGAUGUGAGGAGGACGGCGUCUCGACGGUGUGGCAGGAAGUGAUUGGGUGCGACGAGGCAGGUCACUGAUUCUGAAUGAUCGGCAGUACUUGUCUUCCAUGCUUGCAGUCAGCUUGUGCAGGGCUAUGUCGU